AUGGAUUUUGAAGCUAGAGAAGACAUCAAUGGGGUUAGACUAUCUUGGAGUUCUCUCCCCAAAUCAAAAUUACAACAUGAAAGAAAUAUAAUCCCAUUAGGGUCCUUAUAUACUCCCCUUAAUAAUAAAUCUCCAAUUCAAGUAUUAGACCAAUCCCAAUUAAUCAGUUGUCGUACAUGUAGAGCCAUAUUAAAUCCAUAUGUAUAUGUCAACAAUGAAAUAUGGACUUGCCAAAUGUGUCAAUCUACAAAUCAAAUACCUAAAAUAUUUGAUCAAACAACGGGUCAACCAAUUUUCCCAAUAAGUUUAAAUCAAGAUCUUUCAACUGUUGAAUACCAAACUGGGAGAUUAAGCAGCUUAUCUCCAAUUUUCUUCUAUGUUGUUGACACAUGUUUUGAAGACGAAGAUCUCGAGGAAGCUUUCGCUAGUUUGAAACAAAGUUUGGUGGUCUCAUUAAGUCUUUUACCCGAGAAUGCCCUUGUUGGAUUUAUUUCAUUUGGUAAACAUGUUAAGAUCCAUGAUUUAACUACAAAUGAUAACAUCAGUUAUACAUUCAAUGGAGCCAAGCAUUAUACAUUAGAACAAAUCCAAGCUUCAUUAGGAUUAUUAUCGGCUGGAUUAACUGCCAAACCCAUGCAUAGAGACGGUACUGCAAAUGGAUUUGAAAAUAUAAUCAGUCCAAUCGGUCGUAAAUUUCUUCAACCUGUCAGCAUUGUAGAAUAUCAACUUACAAAUAUUAUCGAUAGUCUAGUUCCCAACAAAUUCCCUCAUUCGGAAUAUACCGAACGUCCAGAACGUGCCACGGGAUGUGCCAUAAAUAUUGCUAGUUUAUUGUUACGUGCCAUUCUUGGGGAUCAUGUCACCACCACUGGAGGUCAUUUGAUGGUAUUUAUUGCCGGGGUAUGUACUUUAGGUCCGGGAAAGAUUGUUGAUAAAUUGUUAAAAGAACCAUUUAGAUCACAUAAUGAUAUUGAAAGAGUUCAACACGCAACAUUGCCACAAAAACCAAAUAUGUCGUCUAAGACUAAAUCAGAUACUUCAUUAUUUAAGAAUGCUAAAAAAUUCUAUACUGAAAUUACUAAGAAUUUGGUUAAAUUAGGAUUGAGUUGUAAUUAUUUUAUUGGAAGUUAUGAUCAAGUUGGAUUAUUUGAAAUGGAUGAAGUUUGUUACAAGACCGGUGGAAUGGUUGUUAUGUGUGAUUCAUUCAGUACUGCGAUUUUCAAACAAAGUUUUAUCAAAUUCUUUAAUAAACAAGAUGAUGGAAAUUCAGAAUUUUUAGAUAUGGGAUUCAAUGCUACUUUAGAGGUUAAAGUUCCCCAUGAUUUGAAGAUUGAAGGAUUGAUCGGGAAUGCUACUGCUUUACCAUUUAAUAAAACGAUUACUCAAAAUGAAAGAAUGAUAAGUCAAGCUGAUACAUUAGGUGAAGGGAAAACUAAUUCAUGGAAAUUAUGUAACGUUAAUCCACAAUCUACAUAUGCACUUUAUUUCGAGAAAUUAGACAGUACCAACAAUCAACAAACUGCCAUUCAAUAUUUAUUCCAUUAUCAACAUCCAAAUGGUGAAAUGCGAUUACGUGUCACCACCAUCCCCAUCAACGUCAUAGCUGAUUCCGACCCCAUCAAUCUCGAAGCUGGAUUUGAUCAAGAAGCUUCCAUAGUCUUGGUAGCUCGUAAGGCGAUGUAUAAACUCCAACCAGAUUCCAACAAACUAAUCCCAGCCAACACAUUAAUCAAACAACUUGAUCAACUUGUUAUUGAUUUCUGUUCCCGAUUUGCAGUUUAUAACCCCCAACAAAUCGAACUGUUCCGUUUAUCUUCGACCUAUGCUUUCUUCCCCCAGUUUUUGUUCCAUCUCAGACGAUCACCAUUCAUAAAUGUCUUCAAUAGUUCCCCUGAUGAGACCAGUUAUGUUCGUCAUACAUUCAUGCAUGAAGAUGUUGCUAAUUCAUUAUUGAUGAUUCAACCUACUCUUCUUUCAUUCGAUAUCAAUACUUGGGGAUCUACUCCGGAAGAACAAGAACCAGAACCGGUUUUGUUAGAUUCAUUGAGUUUGGGACAUUCCAAGAUUUUAUUAUUGGAUACAUUUUUCCAAAUUUUGAUAUAUCAUGGGAAACAAGUUGCAGAAUGGAGAAAGGCAGGAUAUCAUGAACAAGAAGAAUAUGCCUAUUUCAAAGAAUUCUUGGAAGCACCAAAACGUGAAGCUAUGAUGUUGUUGAUGGAUAGAUUCCCCUUACCGAGAUUUAUAGAUUGUGAUGAAGGUGGAUCACAGGCAAGAUUCUUGAUGGCGAAAUUGAAUCCUUCGACUACUUAUUCGACUGCGGGACAUUUGUUUGCUGAUAGUGGACAGAUUGAUGUUUUGACUGAUGAUUCUAGUUUGCAGGUGUUUAUGGAGAAUGUUCAAAGACUGGUGGUUAAUAAGAAGAAGUAA